AUGCUCGCAUGGGGCACGUAUCGCAGCCAGGCGCAGGUGCCUUGUGAAGGCACUCAUCGUGGCCAAGCAGGGCCCCUCGGACAAGCGUGCUCGGUAUUUUCCUGUCGGACGAUCGUGUCCGGCAUUUCCUGUCGGACGACCGUGUCCGGCAAUUCCUGUCGGGUCAUCAGAGGGUGCAAGAAGAAGAAGCAUCCACCGCUGCUGCUGCCAGGCGAGGGUGCGCGUGGGCACCUGACUGCAUCGCGGCCGGAGGAGGGCGCUUGGACGAGGCGUCACCGGCGACGGGGCGACAAGGCGCAGCAUACAUCCCGACCACCUAACGGUGCCAAACGGUUGGGCUCUGGCACAACACCUUCGGGUGGAGCAGUUCUUUCGAGCGAGACUGCGCUUGCACUACCGCUCGACUGUUUCGUCAUAUUCCUUGGCGGGACAGCCUCCUAA